AUGCACGUCGACGUCGUCCCACGCCGUGACGACACCGCUUGUGACGACAAGCAGUAUUUCUGGGUGUGCCAUUCCGGGAAAUUUAGAGGAUGCUGCACCGAAGAUCCAUGCGGCCUAGGAUACUGCCUCGACGACGACAGGGAGAAGUGGUUGAGCACGAAGCGUGCCGCCAGCGCCAGUUCCGCCAAGUCCAGGACAGCGUCUUCCACUCUCACGUCUUCUAACGAUGACGAUGAAGGCUCGACUACUGAGACGGAAACCAAGACUGAAACGGAAGAACGGCCAACAAAAACCAUGACGGACUCGGGCACCACCCACACGAUUCCUAACAAUGACCGCGUCACUGUCACCAAGCACACCCUCAUCGUUACCGACAAAGCCCCUUCUCGAACUCCCACGCCCACUGUUCCCUCAUCCUCUGUACUGGACUCGACGGGAGUGCCCUCGUCUGGGGCCACCAGUGUCGUCCCUUCUGAGACAGCCUCAGCCAUUGGCGGUUCUCUCGAAAACAGCGCCGGCAGCUCGUUCUCCACGGGGGCCAUUGCCGGAGCCGCCAUCGGCGGGUUCAUCGCGUUGGCCAUCAUCGCCAUCCUUGCAGUUGUGUUCCACCGGCGCCGAAGACAUGCACGACGAUACUCCCAGGAUAGCAUGAACAAUAUUGCAGAAAACGGUUCUGGCGAGAAGGCCUACUUCGAAGCCAUGUCGCCUCAUACCACGGGCACCCAGGGUAGUAGCGAUCCAUUUGCCCCUUUUGGAGGUCGAGCUGACAAGGCAGACGAUGCCCACCAGCCGCCAAGCCAUACCUUUGAGAUGGAUGGGACCAGCAGCGCACCAGUUGAACUGCCUGCUGAGAUCCAUGGUGCGGCUGAUUCACGCUUCCAAUCGGCAACACACUCGUUAGACACGACCAUUCGAAAGCACCGCGUUCAGCCGAGUGGCCCUACUGACCCUCGUGCCAAUCUCAAUGCUUCAACAGCGGACCGUCGUCACAACACUUACGUCAAUCAUUGGAACCAGUACCGCGGUCUGGGGCCAGAACGCUAG